UGGGAGUACCCUUCCUAUUUCCGUACGUUACCCCGGACACAAUUUGUACCUUUAAACCUUUAUAAAUUAUCACCACACCCGUUCAAAUUUUACACAUUCAAUAGCCCUUAAAUUCAUUCUCCUAACAAAAGAUUUGGUUUUUCCUUCAACCUCUCAUGUGGGGAGUGGGAAGAUCAAAGAAUUAUGGAGAGUUCUACUACAUAUCGUGCACAGGGCGAGGCGUCUCGGCUGUUCCUCAGCUUCCCUCUCGGCACAGCCCUUCUCUUGAUUAUCAUUUUUAGCUUGAGUGGCAUAUUCUCCUGCUGCUAUCACUGGGAAAAACUCCGCUCCUUCCGGCGAUCUUUCUCCAAUCUCCGGGCUCAUGAUGAUGAUCAAGGCCAUUCCAAGCCUAAAAUUAAUCACAUGAGUUCAAUGGAGCAGCAGAAGGAGAGCUUGCCAGUUUUGAUGCCUGGCGAUAAUUUUCCCAAGUUCAUAGCAUUACCAUGUCCACAUCGGCCUCCGUCACAAGAUAGAUUUAUUGUUGAGAUUCAAAAGCCGACUCGAAAAGCUGUGCCUUCGUUUUAAUUCAUAGAGAGUUAGAGACAUUACAUUACUACCAUUUUAUUAACAUUUUUUACAGUCAAUCAGAUUCCCAGUUUACUAGAAACUGAAAAUGUUUGCCGACGGGGCCAAAAAGUUUACCUUAUAUUGUUUUUCCCAUGAAUGUACAUAUAUGAAUAACAGUGAAAAAUUCAAAUGUGAAUUUAUUUAUC